UUUGGACAUUACGCGCUGCAGAUUUUGAACUACAGCUGAUUUCGUUUGGAUGUCCUUAAAUACGUCGUUUUUAUGUUGUAUUUUUGCAUUAAAUAAUACGAUUUACGCAUAUUUACGCAUAUUUGAGCAUCGUUACCGAACUUUUACGAGCUUACUGGAUGAUUUGAAUGUUCCUCCUCGCGUUCACGUUACAAAAAGUAGGAACAGUUGAACUUAUUUUAACUUAUUUGCAUGCUUGGACUUCGUAUUUGUUAUGCAAAUUUAAGAUAAAAAAGUUUUAGCCUCCAUGUACAGCUUCGUGCUUAGAUAGUAGGCUACACAUCGACACGUUUACUUAACAUUUUCAAGAUAUUUUGGGGGUUUUGCUAUUUGUUUGUAGUUUUUCUUUUACUUCAGUGCAUGGUGUUGGACACGUUGGAUAAUUUUAAGAAGAAAACUACUAUAAGAAGCUCAAAGAAUAUAUAUUUUUUACUGUACUACCAAUAAUAAGGUAAUACUUGGGCAUCUUUUUCAACUGGAGACGUCGAGGUGCAUGCUUUUGGAGUCACAACACGUAAUUAAUAAGGAAAAUUGAACUAACUUCCAGCUAACUAAUAUUCUUGUAGUUUUAUAUAAAAAAUUCUCAAAGGUAAGCUGUUUUUCAUGCAAUUUUUAUACCUAAUAUGGAAGAGAGAUAAGUUCGUCUUUGAGUUUUAAUUCCUUUAGUAGCUUAAUACAUAGAAUACAGGCUACUUAAUAGACACACAUAUAUGAAUAAACAUCUCAUUAUUGUAUAAAUAAGAGUGAAGAUACUUGCAAAAUAUCUCGUUUUAGUUGCGAAUCUCUAAACAGGAAUUUGUGGAGCGAGCAAAAGAGGCAGGCAACAUCUCAAAGUCCAAAACAGCUGCUUUUGAUGUAGCAUUGAUCAGUGAGAGAGAUCAUGUUUUACCAAAAUCUUAAAAAGGAGAGAAACGUGGAUUCUGUGAUGAGUUUGCAGUUGUGUAUUUCAGUCAGCGGUCUGUAAAAGUGAGCUUACCUGAAUUUGGGAUGACAUGAAGCACACUGAGAACAUCUGAAGUUGGAGAAGUGUGAACUAAACAUGUAGCAAAUGCCAUUUUUUACUUUUAAUUCAGUUGACGAACCAAAAAGAAUAGGCUAUGUUAAAUGCUUUAUAAGAACUCAAAUGUACUAACUAGUCUCAGCUUGCGGUUUCAAAUAAUUAUUAAAAUCCCUCAACUUAGUAUUUUUAUGUUGUUUUUAAGACAAAGUAGCAUUUUGACUUAUUUUAUAGAGUCGCCCAAUCAAGUAUCUUACAAAUUUGCACAACAUAUUGACGUAUAAUUAAUUUUAUGCAACCUUUUUUAUUCUUCCUUUCACAAAUUUCUCCCAUGAAAAUCAGAUAAUAUGACCUAACCAGCCAACUCAUUUGCACAAGUGUGUUUUUUUGAGUUAGGAACUGUCAACUCGAUUUUUAAAUUUUGAAUAUUUUUGCUAAAAGAUUUAUGAAAUCGCUUUGACAACCACAUUGUUUUUUUAAUUUUUCAGUUCUCACCUUUUUUGAACUGAUUAAAUUAAACACGACUGGAGAGACCAAACGAAAAAACGCACUGCAAUUUAAUUUUUAAUACGAAAACAUCUCAAAUCUCAAGUUUUUUUGAUCCACAAGGGAAAUUACUAGGACCCAGUAGCUCACAAAUCACAGUAUAAUAUAAUAAGAAAGAGAAACGCGUCUAGAUAUAUAUGUAAAAUUAAAACUUUUCGGGACUAUGGGGACACUCCGAGACCUUCAGUACGCUUUGCAAGAGAAGAUAGAAGAGCUUCGUCAAAGGGAUGCACUGAUUGACGAGCUCGAGCUGGAGUUGGACCAAAAAGAUGAAUUGAUCCAGAGAUUACAGAAUGAACUGGACAAAUAUCGUUCCGUGAUCCGGCCGGCCACAGCUCAGCAGGUCGGGCAGCACAGUCUGGUUCUGCCCGGGCCCGACCAGCACCGGAGCAAGAGACAGGCCAUCUCCGCCGAACCCACCGCCGUGGACUUCAGCGAGCUCUGCCACACCACGCUGCCGUUCUACCCCAAGAGUCCAGAGUCUAAGGAUCUGAUAAAGGACGCCAUCUUGGACAAUGACUUCAUGAAGAACUUGGAGCUGUCUCAGAUCCAGGAGAUCGUGGACUGCAUGUACCCAGUGGACUACGGAGAAGACGCCUGCAUCAUUAAAGAGGGCGAGGUGGGCUCCCUGGUCUUCGUCAUGGAGGAGGGAAAGGUGGAGGUGACCAAAGAGGGGAUGAAGCUGUGCACGAUGGGGCCUGGACGAGUGUUUGGGGAGCUGGCCAUCCUCUACAACUGCACCAGGACCGCCACAGUACGCACUCUGACGCACGUGAAGCUAUGGGCCAUCGACCGCCACUGCUUCCAAACCAUAAUGAUGAGAACUGGCCUCAUCAAACAUAACGAGUACAUGGACUUCCUCAAGAGCGUUCCCACUUUCCAAAGCCUCACGGAGGAGACUCUGAGCAAACUGGCUGAUGUCAUGGAGGAGACUCAUUAUGACGAUGGGGAGUUUAUAAUUCGACAGGGGGCCAGAGGAGACACUUUCUUCAUCAUCAGUAAAGGAAUGGUAAAUGUGACUCAGACAGACCCGUCCAGUCAGGAGCCGGUGCUGCUGCGAGAGCUCAGCAGAGGAGACUGGUUUGGGGAGAGAGCGCUGCAGGGUGAAGACCUCAGAACAGCCAACGUGGUCGCGGUGGACUCUGUCACCUGCCUGGUCAUCGACAGAGACUCAUUCAAGCAUCUGAUUGGUGGACUUGAAGAUGUCUCCAAUAAAGGCUAUGAAGAUGCUGAACUGAAGGCUAAAUAUGAAGCAGAAAACGCCUUCUUCUCCAGCCUGAAGCUCACGGACUUUAACAUCAUUGACACUUUGGGAGUCGGAGGAUUUGGAAGAGUUGAACUGGUGCAGCUCAAAAACGAAGAGGCCAAAACCUUCGCCAUGAAAAUCCUGAAGAAACGCCACAUCGUCGACACGAGACAGCAGGAGCACAUCCGAGCGGAGAAACAGAUUAUGGCCGAUGCCCACUGUGACUUCGUUGUCAGGUUAUAUCGGACUUUCAAAGACAGUAAAUAUCUGUACAUGUUGAUGGAGGCGUGUCUGGGUGGAGAGCUUUGGACCAUCCUCAGAGACAGAGGUUCAUUUGAUGAUACCACCACCAGGUUUUACACUGGUUGCGUAGUCGAGGCCUUUGCUUAUCUCCACGCAAAAGGAAUCAUCUACAGAGACCUGAAGCCCGAAAACCUUCUCCUGGACAGAAGAGGAUAUGCCAAACUGGUGGACUUUGGGUUUGCGAAGAAGAUUGGCUACUGUAAAAAGACGUGGACUUUCUGUGGUACACCAGAGUACGUGGCUCCAGAAAUCAUCUUAAACAAAGGCCAUGACGUGUCUGCAGAUUACUGGUCCCUGGGCAUCCUCAUGUACGAGCUGCUGACCGGGAGUCCUCCGUUCACAGGCCCAGACCCAAUGAAAACCUAUAAUGUGAUUCUGAGAGGCAUUGACAUGAUUGAGUUUCCAAAGAAGGUCACCAAGAACGCAGGCAACCUCAUCAAAAAGCUCUGCAGAGACAAUCCAAUAGAAAGACUUGGGAACCUGAAAAACGGUGUUAAAGACAUCCAAAAGCACAAGUGGUUUGAAGGUUUUAACUGGGAAGGCCUCAAGAAGCAAACGCUAACUCCUCCCAUUCAACCAAAUGUUUCGUCUCCAACCGACACAAGUAACUUUGACAGUUUUCCAGAAGACACUGAUGACCCACCUCCAGACGAUAACUCAGGCUGGGACUAUGAUUUUUAAAGCGUUUUUUUAAGACCGACUGGACCUAAAGCACUUUGAAAAAUAUUAUUUCAAAUGGUCUUCAGAUGUUAAAGGUGCACUGCGCAACUUUUCUGCUGGAGGGUCCGUCGCCUGCUUGUUUCUAUGGAUAUGGUCAUUGCUCUGCCUGAAAUGUUCAACAGUGUGACAUUAAACAGAUCUGCUUUACAUUUAUUAAAUUACAGGUGGUUUUACAGCUCAAAAAUACUUAGAAAAACAGGUAUUCUGACUGUGAGCAGAGUUGCCUUUCCACAGAUCUGACCUGUAACUUGUCUGGUUUGGUCUCCGUGAAGCAUUUGAUGGACCCUCCACCACAAAAGUUACACAAUGCACCUUUAAAGAGCAUGUACCUGAUUUUUUUUUUCCAUGUAUUUGAGCAAAACCUGCCUUGCCCCAGUACAGAUAUAUUGUAUCAGCAGCUCUUGCGGUCAAAAUAAGUCCACUGUGAUCUGUCUGCAUCUAAUUAUAAAUUGUUUUAUUGUCAGGAAGUGUGCAGUUUGCAUGCUAGUUGUUGUGAAAAGCACUUAUAAACUCAUCACAGUGAAUAAUUACGAUGCUCUGAAUGUUAAAGGAAACUGAGAAAUAACUUCGGGCCACUGCAAACUGCUUAAAAUGAACCAGUUCUGUGUUGUUAUUAUUAUUUUUUUUUUCAGAUGGUAAAAAUCAGGUACAGUGCUUUUAAUUUGGUAUUUUUUUUACAAUUUUUUUUUUGUUUUACUUUAAAGCUCUUCUAGAUCUUCCAAUCUUCUAACUUCAAAUCAAGAUACUAUUUUUGAAUACUGCCUAAAAGUGGACAAAGCCUUAUUGGAAGCUGCAACCAUCUUACGCUUUUAGGAUAUUUUAUUUUGAAUAAGAAGCAAAAACAGAAGCAUCAUUUUCAUUUUUGAAGCUAGGAGGUGACACGUUUUCAAGAUUAAACUUUUAACGCUACAGUAAGUUACAUCUAGAAAGCAGAAUUUUAUUUAGAUCUUAAAAACGACAACGUAAGAUCUGAUUUUGUAACAAGGCGGUAAAAGGGCAUUUUCUGCUGGUACUCAUAAACUACAGACAGUAUUUGCAGUUUUGGUUUAAAGGUGCACUGUGUAACAUUUCUGGAGCAGGUCCGUAACCAUGGAGAUGUUAAUGCUUUGGUUUAAAUUGUCCGCAGUGUGGCUUUAAACUAUAUGUCUUGCGUUUAUUCAAAAAUAUUGGUGAAAAUAUCUAAAAAAAAAAACAAAAAACAUCCAUUCUUACUGUGAGUGGGGUCACCUUUCCGCAAACCUAAUCUGUAAUUUGGUUUACAAGUGUCCAUGGAGAUUCUUAAGUUUAUGGUUAUACUGUGGAACAUUUUAGCGCAUCUCCAUGGAUACAAGCAGGUGACGGACGCUCCACCGAAAAAGUUACACAGUGCACCUUUAAGAGAUUGAUCCAGUAGUCAAAUGUAGACCCCAGUUUAGCUAAAACCUGGUUUAGUCCUGGUUUAGACCUGGUUUAGACCCAAUUUACAUUGCUUGAUAAGAUGGUACGGUAAGGCAUGCUAGUUUAGACCUGGUUUAGUCCUGGUUUAGUCCUUGUUUAGACCUGGUUUAGACCUGGUUUAGUCCUGGUUUAGACCUGGUUUAGUCCUGGUUUAGACCUGGUUUAGUCCUGGUUUAGUCCUGGUUUAGACCUGGUUUAGACCUGGUUUAGUCCUGUUUUAGAUCUGGUUUAGUCCUGAUUUAGUUGUGGUUUAGUCCUGGUUUAGAUACCUGGUUUAGUCCUGGUUUAGACCUGGUUUAGUCCUGGUUUAGACCCAUUUAAAGCCAUUUACAUUGCUUGAUAAAGACCGUACAGUAAGGCUCACUAGUUCAGACCUGGUUUAAACUUGAAAAACCCGGUUUAGUCCUGGUUCUUGUUGUAGUCCUCGUUGAACUGGCUGUACAGAUUACACUUUAUAAGACCAAUAGGUAGCUUUAAAAGUAUUUAAUGAUGUCAUGAACUCAAACGGAGGCAGGGACCUGGUCUGUACAUCUCUACGGGAGAGUUACUGUUUACCGAGAUUGGGUCCUUCCAACUAACAAGAAUCUCGCCUUUAUGUGGAAAAAAAAAAAAAUCACCAUAGUUCAUUUGAGACUUUGAACUUCGUGGCAGUUUUUGUUUCACGUGGAUAGGCCCAGAAAUUACAGAGAUAUUAACCAUAAACCAGGUCAACACAUCUGCAAUCUGAUAGUUAAAGAAAGUGCCUAUGACAACUGGACUCAAUUUACUAAGAUUUUACAAAACAUUUUACUUUUUUUUCCUAGUUUGGCCAUUUUUGUAGAUUUCAAAUUUGACUUUCUGGUUGAAAAUCAUGACAUACUCUAAAAAAAGAGCCAAAACUCCUCUAAUGUACACAGAGAUUAUUAUAUGAUAAACACAAAUAUAAUAAAACAUCUUUAUUUUUUUGAGAUAAUGUUAAAAAUAUUGGAAAUUUUUGUUUAUUUUAUGUAAAUUGUGCCAAACUUUUGGACAGAUAUCAUCUCUAAAACAGAACUCUCGAUUUUCUGUAAUUUUCAACAUAUGUUUUUAAUUUUUUUUCGCAAAUACAUUACUGAUUGGUGUAAAACUAUAAUUUAUAUUUACAAGAGGUAUUAUCCCACCAAAUUAAGUCAAAAUUAGAGAAUCAUCAAAUCCUUUCCAUAUAAUUCUGGUCAGCUCAGUUUUUAAAAGUACUUCGACUUUUGACUGGCGCGUUUGUUGGAACUGUAGCCUUAGACCUGCCCUACCUGAUCAAUUCCUGAUCAAUUACAACAUCUUUUUGAUCAUUUUCUAACACGAACCCAAAAUCCAGGGUCACCUCACUGCCUUGCCUAAGCCUCUAUUAAGCUUUAACCCCCCAAAAAUAAAAAAAAACUUCCUUAAAGAUGCAUUAUGUCACUUUUCUGGUGAAGGGCGUGCCACCUGCUUGUCUCCAUGGAGAUGUUGUCACUAUUCAUUUUUUUCCCCUAUUGCUUUUAACGUACCUCGGAAAGCAUGCACUCUUACUGUGAGCGGGCUUGCCUUUCCACAGACCUGACCUGUGACUUGUCUCCAUGGAUAGAAAUAAAUUAAAGGGCCCAUAAGAUGCUAUUUUCUGAUCUAUGUUAUAAUCUUUCCUCAUCACAAACAGACCUGGAGUUGUGUUUUUGUUUCAUUCACACAUGUUUAACACCCAAACCCUGCAUGUUUAAGAUGAGUUCUUCUCUCAAACAGGAAACACUCUGUUCCACCUUGUGAUGUCAUGUGGUAAACAGGAAGUACUCUAUCGUGUUUUUAAAGUUCGUACACCUUUUGCUAGAAUCAUUUGCAUCAUUUCACCUGUGGACUUGCCUGUCUCUACUGAACUAAAGCCAAAAGGUAGCUGUUUCUGUGUUAAUGUGAAAACUGCCCCUUCGUGACAUCACAACGUGGAACAGAGCAUUUUGAGUUUGGAGAUGUAGACAGACUAAUAAUAAAGGAUCAACUCAAACAUGUGUGAAUGAAACAAAACACAACUAUAUGUCAAGUAUAUUUUUGAUUAGGUAACAACAUUAAAAGUCCCGUCCACACUAGUUUGUAUUCGAAUCGUUUUUGUUGCGUAUGCAGUGUUCAUUCACACUAAUUUGAUGGAAAACGACUCCAGAGAUGGAACGAUCUGGUGCCGGCAGCUCCCACGAAUUCAUCUGAGUACAGAUCUGAUCCAGCACUGUGUGGACGCCUGAAAACGCUGAUACUCUGACAUAGGAGCUCUAGUUUGCGUCUUUAUUGGACCACGUCACUGUGUUUUGUGCCUUCCUGAUUUGCUGGGUUCGUGACAUCGGUCAUGUGACGCUAUUGCGGAAAACAGUUUAAACAAACCAGAGACAAACGGGAAACAGUGUAGCUAGAACUAUUUGCUAGUACACGGUCCUUGAAAAGACUGUUUUUACACUUGCCAUCUUUUUUGGCUCGAAAUCGGCUGCUGCAACUUAUUAGUGUUUUAGGCAAUUUCUCGUUAAAGGGCGAAGUAUAGUUCUAUAGGUCUGUGCGUAUGACCUACAGAAGUAUAAUCUCUGAAAAGUUUCACAUGAACCAUCUCCAACGCGAUAGAAACACAGAACAGACUCACCAUCAGCAGAACACCCCUCUGUCACAGAAAGAACACUCAUAAUUCACUGAGUCGUGUCCUUUUUAAGUCCGACAGAAGGUGAACCACAUCAGGGCUCAAGGAGCGAACUGUUUUUUUUUUGAGCGCUUAGUUUAUGCAAAUGAGCCAUGUGGUUUUAAGUUUCGUUUCUGUAAAAGGUAAACAAAUAUUCGCAAAGCUGUGUGGAUAGGAAAGACUUGCGGACACAGAAACGACGUGUCUGGACGCAAAUUGUUUCCAAUACAGUGAUUAGUUUUAGUGUAAACCUAACCUCAGUCUCCAUGAAGGAAUGCAGGUUCUUUGGCCCUUCACCAGAAAAGUCACAUAGUGUGUCUUUAAUAUUAUUUGACACGUUGUGAAGCUAUUACCACGGCGUUUUGUAAAUACUUCCACAACCUACAGACAUAUCACGUACAACUUUGCACACACGAACAUUGAAACACGUGCAUGAUUUUUGUAAAACCGCUGCAUUUUUCAAGACGUUUUAUCGUGAAACUGAAAUUGUGAAAGUUGAUGCAUUUUAAAGAGUUCAAUGAUGAUGUUGUAAUUUUUGUGCAUUUUUGUAUUGAUGCCCAGAUUGCUGCUUUUAAGUGACUUAUAUUGUUCCAUAUUUUUGACUCAAUGGAGAAAUAUAGUGAUUUCCUGUUUUUCUGCAUGAAUUGACAACUCGUAUAUUUUUGCAAUUGUGUGAGAAAGUAAUAUUUGUAUAUAUUUGAAGUAUAGUGCGUUCUUUGUAGUUUUAUUUCAUGUUGAUGAUAAUGUUAUUUGAGAUUUACAGUGGCUUCCAGUAGCUAAAGAGAUUCCAGUUCAAAAUAGCUUUACGGGCAUGACUGUUAAUAAAACUCUCCUGCCACAA